CCAACUGAGGUACCUGUGGCAUCGAAUUCCGGUUCUGGUUCUCCUGAAUCCCUCUGGACGGAGCCCCCUACGGAGAUACCUUCUACUGGUUCAUCUUCUACAUGGAAUACUGAUGCUCCUACAAGUGCUCCGGCGCCGACCGAUGCUCCGGCCAGUUCCAUGGACACUUCGAUGUCAGGUUCGAAUGUGAAUGCGCCUGUAUGGACUGAAGCCCCUACCGAAGCUCCUGCGACAAUGUCAACUUCCGGUUCGAGCACCGAUGCGCCAGUCUGGACUAAUGCACCGACAAAUCAUCCGAUGCCGACUGAAGCCCCAGCAUCAUCAGUGGACACGUCUGUUGCUGGAUCGAAUGCGAACGUCCCACCAGAGGUUCCUACUGAAGCUCCUGCAACGUGGACUCCUCCAACGGAAGACCCAACGGACCCUCCAACGACAUCGUUUGCUGGUUCGAACACUGGUACGACUGAACCGCCGACGAAUGCUCCAACACCGACUGAAGCUCCAGCAGCGUCUGUUGACACGUCAGUGUCUGGGUCGAAUGUGAAUGCUCCAACACAGGUUCCUACUGAAGCUCCUACAACGUGGUCUCCUCCGACAGAAGUUCCGACGCCAUUGACUCCUACAACACAAGCUCCGACGGAAGCUCCUACAACACAAGCUCCGACGGAAGCUCCUACAACACAAGCUCCGACGGAAGCUCCUACAACACAAGCUCCUACGGACGCUCCUACGACGUCGUUUUCUGGUUCGAGCACUGGUGCGACUGAACCGCCGACGAAUGCUCCAACACCGACGGAAACCCCGAAGCCUACUGAAGUCUCAAGGCCAACUGAAAUCCCUACGGAGGCUCCUCCGUCAUCGACACCUCAAACGGAACCUCCAAUGACGGAUGCCCCUGCGUCGGUAUCGGCAUCCGGUUCAUCCGACGAGUCGUUGGUGCCUGUACCGACCACUGCAACGCCAGUACCAAGGACAUCGACCCCAACGCCAACUACGUCAGCUCCAACCCCAGAGCCAACGCCAUGGAGCCCUCCUCCAAUCCCAAGUAACCCCACGACGACGAGUCCAUCACCGUCCGAAUCGUCGGGGUCUGAUAGCACUUCGUCAGCUACAGGGUCUUCCGAUACGCCGAGCACGUCUCACUCCUCUAAAUCGACUGAGUCCUCUAACACGGACGAGAAUGUGACGGCCAGCCCCCCACCCGUGACAAGUACGCCACAGACACAGGCUCCGACAACCACAGCGCCUCCGUCGGGAUCGUCCAAAUCGAAGGAAAGCUCUGACGUGUCGUCAUCCUCAGGACCGGCGGCGACGACUUUUGUAUCGGAGAGUUCGUCAGGGUCAUCGGAAACGCCAUCAAGUCCUCCUCCAGUCACAUGGAGUCCUGCUCCGGUGACGAAUCCACCGAAGACAACCACUGCUCCGUCGACUACGGCUCAGCCGACUUCAGGCUCAGACACAUCAAACUCGGGUGCUACCGCUUCGUCAGGAUCGUCGGACUCGGCUGAAUCUGGCACAGAUGUCCCCUCCUCAGCGUCUUCAGGCUCGAUUGAUGAGAACUCUGAGAGUACACCGAGUCCAGCUCCGGUGACCAGAGCUCCUACAGUGACAACGGACUCGACAGAAACUUCUGACGAUGGUAACGAUGUUUCGCAAACUGAGCAAACCGAGCAGACAUCGGACUAUUCCUCGUCUGAUACAUCGACGCCUAGUCCGGCCCCUAUAACUAGGAAUCCGUCGUCAAUGACCGUGACAAUGCCUCCAUCUGCAGCGUCAUCGGACUCGAUUGGAACGGUGAUCCCUGCUGAUACUUCCGACAUCGACAACUCGGCGGCGGAGGCUGUUACGAAGCAGACGGACUCAGGCAGCAGCGAUGAAGGCGACAAGUACACGAUCAACGGCAACAACUUGGUUCUGUUGGGCGAUACGGGCUCUACGAUCGUGUACACGGAUGGGAGUAAGAUUACGACAUUUGAGAAGUACAACCGUGGAGAUGGUGAUCUACAAGCUCUUGAAGACGCCAGUGGAUCAUACAGUAACAUCGUCGUUGGAGGUGGCAACCGUGCGAACCUGCCGCCUGGUGCUUCCAUUUCGAUGUCUAAGACGUCCCAGGAGAUCCAGAACGCGCUGCUCUACGCGAGUUACGCGCUCGGUAUUGUCUCCACGGUGCUGUUGAUGUUCUUUCACGUGUUAGCUCUCCAGCGACCACCGUGGCUGGGUGGAUCUUCCGACAACGGCCAGGAUGGAGGAAGCGGUCGUGGCGGCAUGGGGUGGUUUACGCCGAACGUGUGGGAGCUUGCUGUUGUGGUGGGCUACAUCCAACACGUCAACUCUAUCUCGAUGUUGGACCUAACGAAGGCACCUCAGAUCGUCUUGGAUUUCACGGACUCGUUCUCGUUUGCGAACAUGCACAUCUCAUCAGUGACGACAACUGCCGCCUCUGAAGCUUCGAGGAGAUUGCAGCUGAUCAUCUUGACGGGCAUCGUCGCGUUCGCCGACCGUAUUGGCAUCGAAGAAGACGAGGCUCUGAUGACCGCUUUCUAUUUCUUCAUGGCGCUCGUAGCCAUUGUGCUUGUACUCUUCGCUUUGACUGCUGGUUUUGCGUUCUACCGCCACAGAAUGACGGCCGAUGAGUGGUCAGCGUUCUACCCGACAGGCCUGCGCAACAGUUUUGCCAUGUGUAUUGUGGGUCUUGGCGUGGCGUUAUGGAUGCUCAGUGUGUUCCCGCUUGUGUCCAUGUCUUCGUACGAACUGGUGAUGGAGUUGCGAUACCGAGUCGGUAUCGGUCUUGCUGUGGCUCUGUUCGCCUUGUGGGCUGUUGUGGUCGGAGGACUUUGUUAUGCGUUCGUGAGUGUGCGAGCCAUCCCGAACAACGACGCGUUUCGCUUCAAGCACUUUGCUGUGUGGGGAUCGCUGUACGGCGACUCGAAGAUGGCGUUCCGCUACUUCUUCGUCGUGACGGUGGGUUUCCAGGCUCUUCUCGGUAUUGUCACUGGCGCAGUGUCGGGUAUACCAACGCAGCUAGUGGCUCUGAUGGUGACACACUUACUUUUCGUUGUUGUGGCGCUUAUCGUCCGCCCUUUUGCAGCUCGCUGGGUGCUUGGCGUGGUGGUGGGUCUCCGUGUCGUAGCGAUCGCGAACUUGUUGUGCAGUUUUGCAUUCCUCACGUCGAGUGAGUUGAGCACACAUUGGCGCGGUAUCGUGGCGCAAGGUUUCGUGAUUUUCAACGCCAUCGUGUUCUUCCUGUUCUUCGCUCGUUAUGUCGCUAUGUUCGUGUUGGUGCUGAAGCGCUGGUCGGGCUACACUCAUCGUGAGAGCUUUAUUCAGUCGCAACAGAACUAUGAGAUGGAGCAGCAGAUGGCUGGUUCAAGUAGCAACGACCAGACCCCGGUCUUCUUGACGUACGAUGUGCGACAACACCGGCAUCACAACGACGGCGGCAGAUUCAUAGCUUCUGGUGCAGGAUUCGAGCCAUCAAGAGAUCCAGGGUCAGGAUACUCGUCCGGGUACUCGUCGGGAUACUCAUCUGACCGGUAUGCACCCACGCCUGUGUAUUCGUCCGGACACUCGUCACAUCAGUACGCGUCGACACCUUCAGGAUCAUCAGGAUAUUCCAAUGGCUCGCGUGCCCAUGGGCAGUCACGCUACUAUCAUUAACGAGUCCCAAGUGCGUGCAGUUUUGGCUAAUAAGUAUGUGUGUAAAUGUUUGUCAAUAGCUAGAGACACCAUAAUCAAAGUGGCAUUUUGCAAAA